CACAGAUCGAUUUUUGCCACAAAUCCACAGAAAAUGGGAAAUACUGACACUAAAUUGAAUUUCAGGAAAGCUGUGAUACAGCUGACAACAAAAACACAGCCAGUUGAAGCAGCAGACGAAGCAUUCUGGAAUCAGUUCUGGGCAGAGAGUGUCACAACAGUCCAAGAUGUAUUUACGCUUAUUCCUGCAGCGGAGAUACGUGCCUUACGGGAAGAAUCUCCGUCAAAUCUCGCCACAUUAUGUUAUAAAGCUGUUGAACAGCUGUUGCGUGUGGCAGAAAACACAUGCGGAAAUGCAAGGGAUGUGCAAAUAGCUUUAAAUUGUGUUCGACUCUUGACGAGAAUCCUCCCCUAUAUAUUUGAGGACCCUGAUUGGAGGGGGUUUUUCUGGUCGACGCUUCCUGGCCAAUCAGAGGAGGGCAUGGAUAAUGCCACACCAGCUUUAGCACAAUCAUUACUCAGUGCAUUGGGGGAUUUGUUGUUUUGUCCAGACUUUACAGUUCAAAGUAACAGAAAGGCAGGCCCAGAUAACCCCGAGGAACUGGCUUCCUUAGAUAGCUGUGAAUAUAUAUGGGAGGCAGGGGUUGGAUUUGCUCAUUCUCCUGCAAUCAACCUAACACAUGACUCUAAUAGAGCAGAAAUCCUCAAACUGAUAUUAACAUGUUUCUCAGAAACAAUGUAUCUUCCUCCCGCAGCUGAAGCCCAUGACAAAAAGAAUCUUUGGAUUCAGUACCUGACAUCCACAGAAAAUAGACACGCUUUACCCCUCUUCACAUCCCUACUGAACAUUGUGUGUGCCUAUGACCCAGUUGGAUAUGGUGUCCCCUACAAUCACCUAAUGUUUAAUGACUCCAGGGAGCCAUUAGUAGAAAUAGCACUUCAGGUAUUAUGUGUCACAUUAGAGAAUGAGAAUGCAGAGAAAACACAGGACCAAGACAAAGAUGCUGGUGGAGAUUGCAUUACAUCAGAUAAUCUAUUUGUCAACUACCUUUCCCGUAUACAUAGAGAAGAGGACUUCCAAUUUAUCCUACAUGGGAUAACACGAUUAUUGAAUAACCCCCUUGUACAAACCUACCUGCCAGGAUCAACAAAGAAAGUGCAAUUUCACCAAGAAUUACUGGUGCUCUUCUGGAAGACGUGCGACAUUAACAAAAAAUUUAUGUUCUAUGUCUUAAAAAGUAGCGACGUUUUAGAAAUGCUGAUACCUAUAUUGUAUCAUUUAAAUGAUGCUCGGGCUGACCAGUCUACUAAAUUCAUGUUUUUUGUGUUAAAAAGCAGUGCCGUGCUAGACGUUAUUGUACCGAUAUUGUAUCACUUAAAUGAGUCCCGGUCUGAUCAAUCACGCGUUGGUCUGAUGCAUAUUGGAGUUUUCAUCCUCUUACUUCUUAGUGGAGAGAGGAACUUUGGAGUGCGACUGAAUAAACCAUAUACUUUACGGGUUCCAAUGGACAUUCCAGUUUUCACAGGCACCCAUGCUGACUUUCUUAUUGUAGUUUUCCACAAGAUUAUCACGACUGGGCAUCAGCGACUUCAGCCUUUAUUUGAUUGUCUCCUCACAAUUAUAGUAAACGUGUCUCCCUAUUUGAAGACACUCUCAAUGGUCGCCAGUACAAAGCUACUACAUCUACUAGAGGCUUUCAGCACUCCUUGGUUUUUGUUUGCUAGUCCAACCAAUCACCAUCUUGUUUUCUUCCUCCUUGAGGUCUUCAAUAACAUCAUACAAUAUCAGUUUGAUGGCAAUUCCAAUCUAGUCUACACAAUAAUCCGCAAGCGUAAUGUUUUCCAUCAGCUAGCCAACCUACCUGUGGACCACAGUUCUAUCGCCAAAGCCCUCUCUAAAAAGAAAGGAAAGAUGGCACCAGUGUCUCCCACACUUGAUGAUGGGGCAGCACCAUUAAAGUCAAUGGAAGGCUCAACCCCAGCAACAGAAGCAGAGCCAGGGACACUGAAGGCUUCUCUACCAGCACUUCCAGGAUUAGAGAAUAUGGUGGAGAAAACACCAGCUGCUAUGAUGCCAGGGAAUCCAAGUGGUGAUGAAAAAGUGACAUUAAAAAAUCUAGCAUCAACAAGUGGAUCUGAAUCUAUACAGCCUCCUAGUGAUAUCAAAGAUGAAGAGCAUGUGGCAGGUGGUGAUGCAACUAAGAACAAAACACUAUCAAACACUAAAAGUUUGCCUACACCACCGCAUAGUCCUACAGAGAAAGUUGGGCCUAGUGACGUAGCAAGGCCUCCACUGAUGCGUACAGGAUCACAGACAAGUACAGGAUGGGUGGCCUCACCUGAUUGGGUCCAGUCUUGGAAGCAGAAACUCCCAUUACAGACCAUCAUGAGACUGUUGCAAGUUUUAGUCCCCCAAGUUGAAAAGAUCUGCAUUGACAAGGGCUUGACAGAUGAAAGUGAAAUCCUUAAGUUCUUACAGCAUGGUACACUAGUUGGUUUACUUCCUGUUCCUCAUCCAAUCCUUAUAAGGAAGUACCAGGCAAAUAGCGGCACAACCAUGUGGUUUAGAACUUACAUGUGGGGUGUCAUAUAUCUCAGGAAUGUGGAUCCCCCUAUAUGGUAUGACACUGAUGUAAAAUUAUUUGAAAUCCAACGAGUCUAAUACAACCAGCUGCUAUAAAUACACAAUGAAAUACACUCUAUAGAGGAGAUUGCCCCAUUGUUGAAUAAAACUGUGGCUUGUACAUUAUACACAAAUGUACUGUAUAUCCCUGAAGCGAUGUCCUCUUAGUCCAGUUGCCCAGAAAAAGGGGUCGUUUUAGGAUAUAAAGUUUUUUUCAGUGCAUAAUCUGAUAGUUCUUGACAUACUGAAGUUUAGCAAUCUGCAAAAUUUUAUAUAUAUGCGAUAGUGUUCCAAUAGGAAAGAGUGCAAUGGUAUCUGCUUGAAGUACAGUUAAGCAAUGGCUAAACAAUAAUUGUCCUCUUAGGAUUUUUGGUUGUAUAUAUCCUUUAUAUCAGAUAAAGUGUAUUCUCAGUGCAGCUCUUAGGUUUUCAACGAAUAGACCUAUUAAAAAUAUAUUUAAUUGAGGGCUUUUUCAUUUCAAUAUAAACAGUAUGAAUCCUUGCAAAGAAUGAUAAUAAAAAUAGGAAGUUUUUAAUUCAACAAUUAUCAAUAAAAACUUGAAUAGACAAGGCAUGCAGAGAUAUCAAUAAUCUGAUUGGUUCACAGACAGCUGCUAAUUAUAUUCCACCAAUCAGAUUACUCUAGUCUUUGAUUUGUAUAUAAGCUAUUCAUUCAAGAUUCUUUCAGGUAUUGCAAACUCCUGAAUGUUUCAGUUUAAUGUUCCAUUUUGUUUUCCGAUAUAAAGUACAUAUUAGUGCACAUACUUAUAAUACUAGGAUACAUGUAGGUAUUAGACAUUUUAGAAGUCGUUUCCAGUCGUAUAUCAGCUUGUUGCAAUAUCACCCAAUUUACUCUUUCAGUUGGAUUCCAUAUGUAAAAGGAGUCUUGUUUAAAUAGUAAAAUGGAUGAAAGAAAUGCUUAAAUAUUUUGUUAGAAUUACCUGAUAGUAUAGGUAGCCAUAUAGGACAGUCCAUAUGUGAAAUGACUGAAUGGUUAUGUUUUCAAUGAAAAUGGAUUUAGCAUGGAAAAAUACAAUUUAGAGAGGAGUGGCAUUGAAAAGCAUGACCAAGUAGUCAAUUACACAAACUGUUAGUGAUCCCUUCAAUGUAAUAUUGUACAUGUGUAAUGUAUGCAAGAUAAAUAUUAUAUUAUGAAACACAGCUAUAACUGAAUGUUAUAUGAAUAGCUUGCUGUUAUGCAGUCUGAAUUACAACAUCAUUUUGUCCCAUAAAAAGGUUAGUUCUGCUUUUCACUGGACACCCUGUGAUUUAUCUUCCAAAAUGGUUGGUGAUUCAGAAUGUAUAGUAUCAAGUAAGGAGCAAAUAAUUUAUUUAUUUUUAAUGAGAUGUAUAUAAUACAAUAAUUCAGUGUAUAAUAAUUAUCAUUGAUUGUACAUAUAGAGGGGGGUAGAGGAAAAGGGUUUAUAGUCAGUUGAGACAGAGGAAACAAUGAUCUGUAUUUUUAAUAGCCCUGUCGGAAUGGUUACUAAUAACGUUGUUUAUUUUGACACCAUCCAUGCGGGGUUGUAAGAAUAUAGCAUAAGGUUAAAGUAACACCAUUGAAUAUCUCUUCAGUAGCAACAUUUUCUGACUUGAAUUUCACAAAAUGCAAAUAAAUGAAAGAUUAAGUUGAAUGAAAUCUUUUUUUUGAAAAGUAAGUUGAAUGAAAUGUCCUUUUGCAUAGGGGGCUCAAGUUUGUCAACAGACUCUUUAAUUAAUCUCCUAUUGCAUUCUUCUUCUCAUGUUUUCUAUUGAUGAUAAUCACAACAGUAAUAACACAGAAAUGAUAAUGUUGUAUGUUAAUUUAUGUCAUCAAUAUUGAAAACAUUUAGCAGCUAGGUGAAGGAGUCUAUAAUGGAAUGGCCUCUCUAAUA